GCGCCUGCGCAGUGCGGCGCGGCGUGCGGCCGCCAUGUCGCCGCGGAGCGGGCGGCGCACCGGGGCGCACCGGGCGCACUCGCUCGCCCGGCAGCUGAAAACCAAGCGGCGCCGGCGCGACCUGGACGAGAUCCACGCGGACCUGAAGCCCGAGAACGCCGCGCGGCUGCUGCGGCAGGAGAUCGACCCCGACCUGCCGGGCUGCGCGCAGUUCUACUGCCUGCACUGCGCGCGCUACUUCGUGGACCUGAACAGCAUGAAGGAGCACUUCAGGUCCAAGGUGCACAAGAAGAGGCUGAAGCAGCUGCGGGAGGCUCCGUACACGCAGGAGGAGGCUGAACGAGCCGCCGGCAUGGGCUCCUACGUCCCCCCAAAGAAGGUGGAGGUGCAGACCCAGCCCCUGGAGGAGGUCACCGAGAUGGAGACGUCGGGCUGAGCGCGGGGACGGGGCACGGAGUGGCUCUGCAAGGACGUCCUCGUGCCCAGCUUUGUGAGGAGAACACGUCCCAGGACUGGCAGCCAAAUCCCUCUCCUCCCACAGCCCCCCUGGCCAGGGCACUGAGGGGGAGAAGGAGCCAGCAAGACCCCGGGUGCCCUCCCUGAGCAUCCUCCUCCUCUCGAAAGGGACAAGCUGCUCGUUCUCUGCGUGCUGGUGGGACUGCACGCUUGUCUGCCUGCUUCUGGAGCAGUCUCUGCUCUGUCCUUGGCUCAGAGGUUAUUUAAUGAUGCACUCAUUAAAAUAUGUCAAUUAACAGCG